AGAUAUGGGAUUCUCUCUGUCCCUUUUCUCAGCUGCUGAUGCACAUUAAAAAUAAUUUGCUCUGACCGGUGGAUGUGCCAUGGGAUUUCGACCUGCUGAUGAACUGUUCCCAGGCUGCCAUUCAGUGUACGGUCAUGCCAGACAGCCUCCGCCUGUAAGGGGACAUUUGUUCUUCUUGGGUCCACAGAACAUUUCCAACCCCAAGCAAACUGAAGCCACCACUCCAUCCGUUUUCCUGUGAAAUGCCCCAUCAUCUAUCCCCGGAAAGUUCUUUCAAUUCCAAACAAGAGCUGCUCUCUUUUGUCGAACCCUCCCGAAGCGGCAGCGAAUACAGCUUGGCCAGCCCGGAUGGCGGUGAACAAGCGGACGCCCUGCUCUCCAAGACGCCGCUGCAUUCCAACGCAGACAGGACUCCAGAUUCCUACGACGAAAGUCUGUAUGACGAAACCUGCGCUAAGAGAGCGCUCUACGGGGACGAUCCUUGUGAAAUUAACUUUGUACCUUCCGAAAGCGAGAACUUGUGUGGGUGGGGUGCGUUCAAGCCCUCCUUCCUGCAAGUGUUCAACACGUCUAAAGGGGUGCUUUUUUUCCUCUGCGCAGCCUCCUUCCUCCAGGGCAUGGUGGUCAACGGUUUCAUCAACACUGUUAUCACCUCUAUAGAACGGAGGUUUGACCUGCACAGCUAUCAUAGCGGACUGAUCGCCAGCUCCUAUGACAUAGCAGCCUGCGUGUGCUUGACAUUUGUUAGCUACUUUGGGGGGAAUGGUCACAAGCCUCGCUGGUUGGGUUGGGGAGUAUUAAUAAUGGGCGUUGGUUCGUUAGUCUUUGCUUUGCCGCACUUCAGCACUGGGGAAUACGAGGUGAACUUUGCCGAAGAUACGGGACUGUGCCCGUCCAAUCACACUUAUGGGGUCUCUCAACGUACCUCCAGGCUGUCCUACUACCGAUACGUCUUCAUGUUGGGACAGUUCCUUCAUGGGAUCGGAGCCACACCACUUUACACACUGGGAGUCACUUAUCUAGAUGAAAACGUCAAGUCGAGCUAUUCCCCAGUGUAUAUUGGAAUUUUUUACACUGCCGCCAUAGUUGGCCCAGCUGUAGGAUACCUGCUUGGAGGGUUCUUCCUGAACAUGCACACCGAGAUCACCACCCCAACCCAUCUGACACCGGAGAACCCUCUGUGGGUCGGAGCUUGGUGGAUUGGCUUCCUGGGGGCUGGAGUAGCUGCCUUUCUCAUUUCCUUUCCUAUUCUGGGCUAUCCUCAACAGCUGCCAGGUUCCCAACGUUACGUGGUGAUGAGAGUGUCUGAAGCUCAUCAGAUAAAGGAUGGGGAUUACAAGCCAGACCCUGAUUUUGGGAAAACAAUUAAAGAUCUUCCAAAGUCAGUGUUGAUGCUUCUGAAAAAUCCCACUUUUAUUUUCCUGUGCCUAGCCGGAGCAACAGAGGCGACCCUCAUUACGGGAGUGUCGACGUUUGGACCAAAGUUUUUAGAAUCUCAGUUUAGUUUGAGUGCUUCGGAAGCUGCUACUUUUUUUGGCUACUUGGUGGUUCCUGCUGGGGGUGGCGGAACCUUCCUGGGGGGAUUCAUAGUGAACAAACUGAAAUUGCACUGCUCAGGAAUCAUCAGGUUCUGUGUCCUGUGUACUGUAUUCAGUCUUAUGUCAGUCUUCAUCUUCCUCAUCAGCUGUCCUAACUUGCCCAUGGCUGGAGUCACCGCUCCCUACCCUGACAGUGUCCUCUUAGAGAGCGACCUCAACCUCUCCUCUGUCUGUAAUGCCGGGUGCCGCUGUUCUCAGGAUCUUUACAGUCCUGUCUGCGGAGCCGAUAAUGUCAUGUACUAUUCUGCUUGCUAUGCAGGCUGCUCAGGACGUUAUGUGGACCAUGGUAAUGGCAGAAAGGUGUAUGAAAACUGCAGUUGUGUGGCCUCUAAUAUCUCUGUGAUGGGGGCGCAGGCGGUAGCGGGAAAAUGCUCUUCCUCUUGCAAAAAGAUGUCGCUGCUCCUGGUGUUUACAUUCUCCAUUAUACUGUUUACAUUCCUGUGCAGCAUUCCUGCACUCACUGCAACGUUACGGUGUGUACCGGACAGUCAGCGUUCCUUUGCACUCGGGAUUCAGUGGAUAUUAGUGCGAACAUUAGGUGGGAUCCCUGGACCAAUUGCCUUUGGGUCGAUGAUUGACAUUUCCUGCCAGCUCUGGCAGAACCAAAGUGGAGAAAAGGGCUCCUGUUACAUGUACCAAAACUCAGCCAUGAGCAGGUACAUGCUCAUCGCUGGUCUUGUUUACAAGGUGAUUGGACUAGUUUUCUUUUUGCUCGCUCUCUUGCUCUAUAAACCUCCACCGGUCUCUCCAGUCAUUACUGUGGACAAAGCAUCCAAUGAGCAUUCAGAAAGACCUUGCCAGGGGGAAGCCGCAGUGACAUCACCAGACAUGCCCUCCUGAGGCUCCCCACCGCCUACCAAUCGCAUCUGCACUUGCUCAGCUGCCUUGACGUAUUGCACAGUCCUACAAUCAUCAUCAUCUGCUGCAGGUUUUUAGACUUUGUCCUGUUUAGGAAGGAAGGGCUAUUCGAAGUACUGCAGCAACCCACCGCAUACAAUUCAGAACACAACUUACGUUUUAUACUGAAUGCCAAGACGCGCUGAAGGUAGCACAAUAAUCUCUGUUCUUCAACUUUCAUUCUGGGCACAGGAAGCACAUUCGGUGGCACACAGUUUCAGUAUGUACGUCUAUGCAGCGUGUUCCUAAUGUCAUUUAUUUAUGCUAAUAUUUUAUUGCAAAUUUAUCAGUAAUAUUUUUCAUACUACUAUACAGGGAUACAUCUUUCUCAUAAGAAGAAAAUGUAUAUUCAUUCCAGUUUCUGAUUGCCAGAUGCCAACAGACAUCGCAGGCCAUGCAACUUGAACAGUAUUUUUACAUGACUUUUAGUGGAAUCAGAUUUCAGUUCAGCUUUUUUUUUUAAAGGUUUAUGCACAUAGCUGUUUUUGAAAAUCCCGGGGGAAACCUUUGCAUUGGGCACUAAAAAAUCAGCAUAGUAAAUA